AUGUCAUACGCCGAAGAUUGCGGCGGAGCCAGCGUCGCCGAAUACGCAUUCAUUCGUUUGAGUCGACCUCCGUCCCAUAAUCCGCUCGUCGCAAAUCGCCUCCGCAUCGAGCCAACAGUAGCGGCCUCGUCCCACCGCAACUUGCUGCCUCGUAGGCUCGCCUCAACGCCCGUCGCGGCGUCGCCGCGCCGCAAAUCCGCUCCUGGCUUCGCCUCGACGCAAAUCCCCGCUCGCGGCGUCGCCUCACCGUUCUCCCCUUCCCGCAUCCCGUUCUCCCCUUCCCGCAUCCCGUUCUCCCCUUCCCGCAUCCCGUUCUCCCCUUCCCGCAUCCCGUUCUCCCCUUCCCGCAUCCCGUUCUCCCCUUCCCGCAUCCCGUUCUCCCCUUCCCGCCUCCCCAUCUCCCGUUCCCGCCUUCCCAUUCCCCUUCCGGCCUCCUUAUUUUCCCUUCCCGCCUUCCCAUUCCCCUUCCCACCUCCCCAUUUUCCCUUCCUGCCUUCCCAUUCCCCUUCCUGCCCCCCCAUUUUCCCUUCCUGCCUUCCCAUUCCCCUUCCCCCCUCCCCAUUUUCCCGUCCUGCCUUCCCAUUCCCCUUCCCUCCCCUUCUCUCCCUUCCCAGUAAAUAG